GUUGGCGAGUUCUUCUUCGUUAAAGCACAUGAUGUAGGUUCUCAACAGAAGUUUAUAAUUGGAGGGUGUGCCUAUCUUGCUAAAGGGUCGUCGCCAAAGCACAGGUACGAAGAGUCGGCACCAACCACGACAGCAAAGUAG